AUGCCGGAAGAUAAGAGAUUUUGGGGCGAAUUUUUUCAGUUAUACAAAGAACAGCCUUGCCUUUGGCAAAUUAAGUCAAACCAUUAUCUGAAUAAAUAUAUAAAAAACGAAGCGUAUGGAAAAUUAGCAGAAAAACUUAAAGAAAAGUAUCCUGAUGCAACCACAGACUUAGUGAAGAAAAAAAUCAACAUCUACAGGAGUAAUUUCAGGAAAGAAGCAAAAAAAGUCGAAGAUUCUAUGCGGUCUGGAACUGGGGCAGAUGAUGUGUAUACGCCAACUUGGACUUACUAUGAAGAUUUAAUGUUUUUAAAGGAUCAAGAAGCUAUUAGAACAUCCACCUCGAAGUUACAAGCACAUGAGGCAAAGAUUUCUGAGGUUGAUGGUCCUCGUCAAGUCUAA